AAUUCAAGUCAGCCAACCUUUCAAAAUUCAAAGUUUCCACUCGCGAAUACGAUCAAUAGCGAGGUGUACCUUGGUUGUGUGUUGGUUAGCGCUCGGUGGGUUUUAAAAUGGCUUUAUUCAGGAUCACAUCUACAAAAUUAAUUGAAAUACAGAAAGUAUGUCCAACGGCAUCGAUUCUGCUGCGAAAUUUGAGCGCAGAGCAGACCAACCUCAAGAACAUACUCCAAGAGAAAAUUCCCAAGGAGCAGGAAAAGAUCCGUGAAUUCCGUAAGAAACAUGGAGCCACCAAAGUUGGAGAAGUCACAGUUGACAUGAUGUACGGUGGUAUGCGCGGCAUCAAAGGAUUAGUAUGGGAGACGUCAGUGUUGGAUCCCGAAGAGGGUAUUCGAUUCCGUGGUCUCUCGAUCCCCGAAUGCCAGCAACAACUGCCCAAGGCUAAAGGGGGAGAGGAACCUCUUCCCGAAGGUCUUUUCUGGCUCCUUGUGACCGGUGAGAUACCCACCGAAGCGCAAGUCAAAGCUUUAUCCAAAGAAUGGGCACAGAGGGCUGAACUCCCCGCUCACGUUGUGACGAUGCUGAACAACAUGCCCAGCAAAUUGCACCCGAUGUCCCAGUUCUCAGCGGCUGUGACGGCACUCAAUAGCGAGUCUAAGUUCGCACAGGCCUAUUCCGAGGGUGUACACAAGUCCAAAUACUGGGAGUACGUAUAUGAGGACUCGAUGAACCUGAUUGCCAAGCUGCCAGUGAUUGCUGCCACGAUCUACAGGAAUACAUACCGUGAUGGCAAGGGUAUCGGAGCAAUUGACGACAACAAGGAUUGGUCUGCCAAUUACUGCACCAUGCUCGGUUUCGACGACCCCCAGUUCACCGAGCUGAUGAGAUUGUACCUCACCAUCCACAGUGACCACGAAGGAGGCAACGUGUCCGCGCAUACUACUCACUUGGUGGGUUCCGCUCUCAGCGACCCCUACCUGUCCUUCGCAGCUGGACUGAACGGUCUUGCUGGACCUCUUCACGGACUCGCCAAUCAAGAGGUGUUGGUCUGGUUGGAGAAACUCCGUAAGCAGGUGGGAGACAACUUCACAGAAGAAGGCCUUAAGGAAUUCAUCUGGAAGACUCUCAAGUCUGGCCAAGUUGUGCCCGGUUACGGUCAUGCUGUGCUUAGAAAGACUGACCCAAGGUACACUUGCCAACGUGAGUUUGCUUUGAAGCACUUGCCCAACGACCCACUCUUCAAGUUGGUAGCUGCCGUGUACAAGGUUGUCCCACCAAUCCUAACUGAGCUCGGCAAGGUCAAGAACCCCUGGCCCAAUGUAGACUCUCACUCUGGUGUGCUAUUACAGUAUUACGGACUGAAGGAAAUGAACUACUACACCGUUAUGUUCGGCGUGUCCCGUGCUCUCGGCGUGCUCGCUCAACUGAUCUGGUCCCGCGCUCUAGGCUUACCCAUCGAACGCCCCAAGUCCCUCAGCACCGAACUCCUUAUUAAGCAGAUCGGCAAGUAACCCCCCACACCACCCACUAGGCGAUUCACUGCCAUCUGACAUGUUGCAAUGCAGGAAACAAUAUAGUCAGAUCGCCUACGUAUCAGUACUCCACGUAGUGGCCAUGUAGUGAUAGUUUUGUCACUAUUGCCCGGUUUCUUUACACACCUUGAUUCACACACAACACCAAUAGUCAAUUUGUAUAUGGGAGGUAUUUUUCAAAAUUUUAACUUAAAUUAAAAUAUUGUUUAGCGGUAAGUGUAAGUGAAUGUUUUGAUAGUGUUAUUUUCUUUUUUAAUUUAUAUAAUUGUUGAUGCAUUAUACAAUAUCUUACAAUUAUCUCGGUGUACUUAUAUCUGUGAUUGUUUUGUAUUUUGUAUGCGGUAUUUUGUAUACAUAUAUUUAGAUUUAAAAAAAUUUAAUCUAUUAUAUUGAAAGUAAAAUUGACUGGUGGUGUGAUUCAACUCCGGGCUUCAUAGCUGCUCUAGAUUAGCGAGAUGUUUCGUUGUUGGGUUCAUUAAAUAAAUGUAGGGUUUUUCAUAGCAAAUGUGAUAGUAUGCUGUGCAUACUGUUGUUUUAGAAAAUGAAUACGACGAACAGAACGAUAUUCACGUCUUUAUACUAGAUUGAAGUGAUGUUACUCACUCAGUAUUGUAUUGUUGUCAUUGUAUUUAGAUUCAAUAGGUUCUGUUAAUCGUAGUAAGACAUUUAUGAGGUAUUAGUAAGUGCGUAGUUUUCACUUUAAGAAAACUCGAUUCAUACUUCUCACCUAUAAACAUCUUACCGUUUUAUUUAUUUAUUCUUCAUCUUAUAACAUUUUCGUAGUUGUACUGUAAUUUAAAAUCAAGUUACCAAAGUAUUGUUGGUAUUCAUUUUGUGGAUACGGAGGAACAAUUUGAUUGAACAGUUAUGUAUAAAUGUAUCGAUUUAUAAUGAUUUUAUUGUAAACUAAUAGUGUGAUAUUAUAUUGAUGGAAUUCAUUCGCACAGCUCUGUCAUGUAAUUAGUGAUGUUACAUCAGACGAUCAUUGUUUCUUUGUUCAUGGAUAUUUAUUCGAUCACCUUAGUUGUAUGGUUGUGUGUGUGGUUCGGUGCGCUGAGCGCGUACAAUAUUAUAUCGAGAAACUAUGUCGUGUAAUGUUCUAUCUACGAAUAUCAUGGCGACGAUAUGGUAAAUUGACAAUACUAAAAUAAAUUGGUACGGUGUAGUUAC